AUGUCUGGCUUCGAAGUUCUCGGGUUGGCUUGUACUAUAUUUCAGACGAUUAGCUUCGCUCAUGAGACUCUCAAUAUCUGCAUUGCGCUAUAUCACAAUCAGAAGACGCCUGAUGCCGAUAUUGAGGAAAUUGCUAGGUCAAUGGUCGUGGCCGCCGAAAAAGUGACAACUAUUUGCGACAAAAACAACAAGAACCUAAACAAAGACAUUUCUCAGAUUGCCUCAGGCUGCAAUAAUGACACCUUGGGUCAAGAAAUAGCGCGUAUCGCUAGGGAAUGCACGAAAAUCGCAUCUCGGCUCAAAUCAGAGGUCGAAAAGAUCACAAGCCUUGACGCGAGCGGCAACUUGUUGAUUACAUUAAAAGUCGCAUCCAUGUCUUUUUGGAAAAAGCCGAAGCUUAAAAAGCUCAACGAAAGUUUAUGCUCCUGCAGAGAACAAAUGCAGGCAUUGCUCAUCACUCAGAUUUGGGCCACAACUAAAGCGAACAACUUGACUCAAGACCCAGGUUUUCGCAAGCUUGGCAGUGAUGUUCAAGUCUUCAUUGCCAACCUUGAAAAAGGAUAUACAAAACUCGAAGAUCUCCUGAAUCGACAAACCGCCUCUACUCAGGCUCAUAUCACUGGCGAGUUUGGGAUAGCCAAACAAGACAUAAAAGACCAUAAUGAAAGUCUAUUGAAAACGCAUGAAAAGGACGCAGCAACAAAAGCGCAAAAUGAGCGUCUUCGAAAGAGCUUCGAAUUUCCAGCCAUGAAUUCCCGGCGGAAUACUAUUUUAGACCCUCAAGAUGCUACUUUUGGACGGAUAUUUCGCUCAUAUACCAACACUACCAACAGAAAGAAUUCUCCAAAGACCCAAGCGAUCGACUUACUCUUGGACCAAUGGUGUCCACACAGUCGGAUUCUAUCACACUACUUUUGGAAAAUCGGCUCAACAAUGGAGAACAACAUCCAGGGCUUGUAUUGCUCGCUAAUUCACCAAUUGAUUGACGACAAUGAGCUUAUCAUGACACGAAUUCUUAACGAGUUUUCAUUCGCGAAGAAAAAGACAUAUGUCAAUGAUUGGUCGGCUCCUGAACUUGAUAAGAUUUUAUAUUACAUCUUGCGGUCGACGGUGGAUCGAGGACCUGUGUGCAUUUUCAUCGACGGCCUAGACGAGUACUGUGGAAACGGUGGACAAAAGGAUCUUGCGGAGAAAGUAAAAAGGUUUGCUCGACAUGAGGAGGUAAAGCUAUGCGUUUCAAGCCGCCCAGAGCAACGGUUGCUAGAAAGCUUCAGCACGACACCUAACCUCAAACUUCAAGAGCUGACAAGGCCCGAUAUGGAGUCUCUUAUACAAAAAAGACUUGGUAAAUUCGAACAACGUGGACAAAUCUCAUCUCCAACGCUGAAUGCGGUGGCGAAGUUACUUAUUGAGAAAGCCGAGGGGGUUUUUCUUUGGUUGCAGCUGACGAUGCAAAGUGUUGAGAAUGGCAUCGAAAAUGAGGACUCGGACGAGUUUUUAAUAACACGUCUAAAAGAUCUUCCAAGCGAUAUCACGGACCUGUACACUGACAUGUGGAAGAGGUUAAAUCAAGAUUCAAAAGUCUACCGAGAAUCAGCGGCUCUAUUCUUUAAAUUCUUAAUCCGAUUUCAAGAACUCAAAAACGCGGAUGCAGCUGCCGAUAUCUCUCUCAGAUUAGAGGAUGUAUCAUUAUUCGAUAUUGCAUGCUGGAAAGAUGAAAAUCUUCAGGAAAGGCUUUUAAACGUGGGCUAUGAGACCAGCUCUGAAGAGAUUGUGGGCGUGUGUGAGAGGGUGAAAAAAGAUAUUCGCAUCCGUUGCGCAGGGCUUCUGGAAGUCCAACCUCUUGAUUACAGCGUUGAAUUUGAGUUUGACAACGUAUCGAGGUGCGUGGACUUUGUGCAUCGCACUGCGCAUGAUUUUCUGGUUGAUACAGAGGCUGGUCAGCAGAUUCUCAGUUACGGAAAGUUGUCGGCGACGGAAACCCUCACCCAAAUAACGAAAGGCGCAUUUUGCAAGUCACGAAUUAAGACGAGGGCUGAAGGACUGGGAAAAGCGCGGGAUCCAAUGAGGGUUCUAGAGUGUUUAUCUCGGUUCCAAUCUGAUGAAAAUGACUGGGUGAAUGAGGCUAGUGAGUGGUUGGCCAUGGCGGAGAGUUUCUAUAACGCGGGACUGCUGCAAGAACGGGUUCUGCCUCGGCCCUCCUUCUUGGGUCACAUGGUGUUUUUUCCAGAUCUUUAUGACGCGGCCAUGCCAUUGUUUCAGAAAGCAGAAGCCUCAGCAGCCACCGAGGUGCUGCGAUUGUGGCAGUGGGGAGGCUUUUUCGACUUUUGGGAGGAUUUGGACGACUGGGAUUUGGGCAGGCGGCAAGCAUUAGUGAAGGCAGUGCCUCAGCUGAUGUCCUGCGGUCCUGAUUUGGCAGCUGCUCAAGCAUACGUGGAGGGGCGUCCAGAGCGCCAUUUACUGACCAUUGUGGCGAACCGCACAACGGCACUGUGGCAACUCGGUCAAUCAUCACUGCGGUGGGAGUUGGAAUGGAGGACGACGACCCCAGGUCCUAGUAAAACGGCGUCCCCACAGGCACUAGUCGCGAUCAUGAGCAGCCAAACAACCCUACACCAGGACCAGUGGGGGCUGGCGGCCACAGUCGGUAUCCGUCCAGGAGGGGGAUUGGACCAUUUCACCCACAUUGACGAAAUGGUAAAUCUACACGACUGGGAAGCCGGGACCAUAAGUCCGUUCUUCAUGUUGAACACGUCGUUUCUGCUCAAACAUGUAUUGGACGGUCUGUCGACACACUGCCCGGACGAGAUGACGGCGCAAUUGCACAAGAUUCGUGGCCAAAUCCCCAUUUCUGUCCCGUGCAUUUCCUUCAUUUGCAUCGCUGGCAUCUUUAAGCAGAACAAUCGUUGGUUUCGGGUCAUUGAUCAAACACCCCCCCCCCUCCAGAGCAUCACCGACCUAAUAUUCGACCCUACCAUCUCUCUUUGCGAGUCGAAUGAAAGGCUUGAACAAUUGCGCAAGUCAAUCAUUGGUCUUUCCUAUGACCCUAAAGUGCUGGAGCAAGUGGAGCUAGAAGAUGUCCUAAGAGCACCAGCCGAGGAAGGGCGACUUGGGCCAUGCAGACUAGAAGACGCUGGACUCAAAUGGUCCGAAGAAUUAGAGCAAGUGAUCGAGGUCGGAACUGAGCGCCCAGAAAGCCCCCUGCCAGGCACGGCCGAGGAUGCAACAGCCAGGAGAUAA